AUGGCUGAUAUCCAGCGGGCCAAAGCACACCAGAUGCCAAGGCAGGAGGGGCACAACCUGCCGCCGGGGAGCUUGUUUGGCGCUAAGCCAAGUGAGCAAAAGCCGACGGGUGCAUUGGUUGGAGAUACGGAAAACGCAGCAGCGAAGCCUGCAAAUGGGCCUAGCUUAGGAAAUCCACCUGCAGCAUUCACAGGAACAGGUGCUAGUGGCGGGUUUUCUUUUGGCGCGAAGCCGGGGGGUAGCGAUGCUUCCAUGGCGGCAGAGGCGCCGAAGCCUGCAGGGUUCUCGUUUGGGGGUAAUGCAAAGCCUGCUGAAGCGCCGAAGCCAGGUGGAUUUUCGUUUGGCGGAAAUGAUGCUAAGCCUGCCGAAGCGCCGAAACCUGCUGGCUUUUCGUUUGGCGGGAAUGAUGCCAAGCCCGCCGAAGCGCCGAAACCUGCUGGCUUUUCGUUCGGCAGCAACGAUGCCAAGCCUGCCGAAGCGCCGAAGCCCGCAGGCGCCGAAGCCGGUGGUUUUCGGCAGCCCCAGCGCCAACCUCCUUCGUGCAUGCCGCCCGCCGAAGCGCCGAAACCUGCUGGCUUUUCGUUCGGCAGCAACGAUGCCAAGCCUGCCGAAGCGCCGAAGCCCGCAGGGUUCUCGUUUGGGGGUAAUGCAAAGCCUGCUGAAGCGCCGAAGCCAGGUGGAUUUUCGUUUGGCGGAAAUGAUGCUAAGCCUGCCGAAGCGCCGAAACCUGCUGGCUUUUCGUUUGGCGGGAAUGAUGCCAAGCCCGCCGAAGCGCCGAAACCUGCUGGCUUUUCGUUCGGCAGCAACGAUGCCAAGCCUGCCGAAGCGCCGAAACCUGCUGGCUUUUCGUUCGGCAGCAACGAUGCCAAGCCUGCCGAAGCGCCGAAGCCUGCUGGCUUUUCCUUCGGCGCUGAUGCAUCCAAGCAAGCAGCGCCAUCGCUCUUUGGCGCCAAGCCUACUGACACAAACAACGCCAACACAGCGCCUAGCACGGCGCACGGCGCCACAAACAUCGGGUUUUCCACCGACAAAGCUCCCACAAGCACAACAUCCGCACCUGCCAACAACGCCUUUACAAGCACAAGUCUCUCGUUUGCCAAGCCUACCGAGACCAAGCCCGAUGCUUCUACCACUACCAUGCCAUCCUCCAAGCCUAGCGCUACACCAGCGCCCUCCUCUACUGCUGCGCCCUCCAUGCUGCGUGGCAAGAGCGUGGAAGAAAUUGUGAAAAUGUGGCAGACGGAGCUGGACGCGAGUGCCAAAGAGUUUGGCCGCCAAGCUGACGAAGUCGCGGGAUGGGAUCGUGUCCUCUUGAACGGCGGCGACGAGAUCAGCAAGCUUGUUGCUAGCAUAACGCAGGCAGAGGAACGCCAACUUGGAAUCGACCAAACACUCGACUAUGUGGAGCAACAGCAAACAGAACUGAAUACGCUCUUGGAUGCAUACGAGAGUCAGCGCGGUGAACUGCACGCACAGGCCGGCGCAGGCCGCGGUGUGGACGUGGGCGUCGCUGAUAUCGAGCGCGAGAAGUCCUACACACUUGCCGAGAACUUGAAUGCGCAGUUGGACGACAUGUCGCGCAAUCUUGUAUCGAUGAUCGACGAAGUAAACCAGCUCGCGUCUCCCAGCGGCACGCGCAACACCACCGCCGAUGCGUCGCCCAAUUCACUCGAUACACUGCGUACCGGCGGGCGCGAGCUCAUGCCUGGCGCCGAGGACCCGAUCCUGCAAAUUUCCGGUAUUCUCAACGCGCAUCUCAGCAGCCUCAAGUGGAUUGAUGAGCACACCGUCAUGCUCCGCGAUCGUCUCGAGGCUUUGCGACGCGGCAAGACGGAAAAGAAUAUGAACGAUAGCUUCCGCGGGAGUGUCCCCCCGCAGGCCCCGCGCAGCUCGACUCCUAGCCGCUACGCACGCGAAGGCAGCGCCGCGCCCGGCCGUGCACGCACCUUGGCGCUCUAA